UGCAAAGUGUCCUGGGAUCUCUGCUGAUGGGCAGGCUAGGAAGUGAACGAUUAAAAGCACCAGCAUGUCUCUCUCCUGUGUUUGCAUAGCCUUGCAAUCCUGUACCCUGAGAUUUCAGGGUGGGAUGUAGCCCACAAAACACGUUGGACCCAUUCCGAGGAAUGCAGGGAGAUAAAGCCAUUUGCAAAAGCCCACAACCCAACAGGUCAGAAUCAGGGGCGAAGGAAUGAGUGGGAGUUUUGUCCGUCCUCCCCCUUUCCUCUUCCUUUUCCAGACUUCCAUGUCCAGUACCGGAUCGCUGGGAAGACGGGGGGCUGUGAGGAGAAGUUUUUAGAGGACGUCUCCAAGCUCCUGCACUACCAGGGGGUCUCUCUCAAGGUGGAGACGUUUGUUGAAAACCUGAAGCACCCCCUUCUGCUCUUCUGCCCCAUCGCUUCCUCCAUGCUCAUUGACAUUGAAAACGCCCUCCAGGGAGUCCGUGGCGAGCGGAAGGUCCUCCUGGUGGUGAUGCACUAUGUUCAAAAGGAGAACUCAGGAACCCCUGUGGAUGCUAAGCACCGCAUGACCCAUCCGGCCGUGGUGCGGACCGUGCACACCCGCUUCACCCUCCAGGAUGGCUUCUACCCUUGUGAGAUGAACGAGAGGGCCAUGGCUGACGUGGCAUCUGCUCUGCAAAACUUUGGGAAAGGCCACAGAGAACUUGGAGGAAGACAGAGGCUUGGAAGAGCAGCAAUGAGGGAACAUGAAUGGUCAUUUGACGGAUUAGCUGUGGACAUCCCGACUUCAUUACGCCUCAAUAUUUCCUCCAAAGAAAGUACCGUGAGAUCUCUGCUGAAGGACUUCCACAUCCAGGUCCGUACCACCGCAAAUACAGGUGGAUGUGAGGAGAGGUUUUUAAAGACUGUCUCAAACCGCCUGUUGUUUCAAAGAAUCUCUCUAAAAGUGAAAGACUUCAGAGACAACUCGAAGCCCCUCCUUCUGCUCUUCUGCCCCAUAGUUUCCCGCAUGGGCACUGACAUCGAAAACGCCCUCGAGGGGAUCAGUGGUGAGCAGAAGGUCCUCCUGGUGGUGAUGCACUAUACACCGAAGGACAACCCAGGAACCCCUCUGGAGGCUAAGCACCGGGUGCCCCAUCCAGCCGUGGUGGGGACCGUGCACACCCGCUACACCCUUAAGGAUGGCUUCUAUGCUUGUGAGAUGAACGCGGUGGCCGUGGCUGACGUGGCAGCUGCCAUCAAGGCCCUCAGCGAGGGUCACUGAGGGGAGGGGACUCUGGUGUUUCGGGUGCCCUUCUUGCG